GCUGUUACAACAAUUUUCUGAAAGCCACACAAAAUUCCUGCUACUGACGUUUGUGUAUCAAAUGAGAUAAUGGUGAACGAUAUUAUUUAAAUGUGAUAACAAGGUUUGUGAUAAAGUUAGUAUCAUCGAGUGAAAUGAGUGGAAAUAGUUUUUCACAGUGCGACGGAAACGAGUGACUCACGAAAUCAAACUACAGCCUACAAAACCAUGAUGUGACAGCGUUAUAAAAAUUAAAAAUCUCUUUCGUUUUAUUUAUAGCAUGUCGACAGUACUAUGUGGGUUUUAUGGUGAGGAUGAUCGAAAGUGUAUCGAAAAGGGCUUUUAGUGGUUCCAGUGGCACUUAUAAUGUUCAUGCUUUAGAACUGGCUGCGGCAAGAGAACGUAAAUUAAAAGGUCUCAAUGUGACAGUGAGAUUCUUGGACGACACUGAGCACGUUUUUCAUAUUGAGAAACGUGCCAAGGGUGCUGUCCUUUUAGAACAAGUUUAUCAACAUUUAGAAUUAGUGGAGAAAGAUUAUUUUGGAUUGCAAUAUUCAGAUGAUGGAUGUUCGAUUAACGGUCGAUGUUCGGAGUGGAUGCGUUGGUUAGAUCCGUCCAAGUCAAUCAAGAAGCAGCUAGGAAACUGCCAGUAUCCUUUAUAUUUUAGAGUUAAAUUUUAUGUAUCCGAUCCAAGUAAGCUACAAGAGGAAUACACCAGAUAUCAAUUCUAUUUACAAUUACGGAGGGACAUUCUGGAGGAAAGGCUCCAUCUGCCUCCCAGCACUGCCAUCCUUUUAGCUAGUUAUACUGUACAAUCUGAAUUAGGAGAUUAUCAGCCUGAGGAGCAUGGACCAAACUACUUAUCAAACAUGCAAUUGGUUCCGGGCCAAACGGAGGAGAUCGAGAGAAAGAUAUCGGAACUCCAUAAAUUACACAAAGGUCAAUUACCUGCCGACGCUGAAUUCAAUUUCCUGGACCACGCCAAAAAAAUCGAAAUGUAUGGCGUGGAACUACACAAGGCGAAGGACAACGCUAAUAAAGAAUUGCAGUUAGGGGUUACGCAUAUCGGGCUUGUGGUGUUCCAAAACAAUAUACGGAUAAAUGUAUUUUCCUGGUCCAAGAUCAUGAAGAUAUCGUUUAAGAGAAAACAGUUUUUUAUACAGCUUAGGCGGGAACUGUCGGAAUCUUACGAUACCCUGUUGGGCUUCAACAUGGAGACGUACAGAUCUUGCAAGACCCUGUGGAAGGCAUGCGUCGAACACCACACGUUCUUUAGGUUGCACUCGCCAAGGGUAAGAAGAAAAUUCCCCCUAUCAUUAGGUUCUAAGUUCACAUAUUCUGGCCGCACAGAGUUCCAAACAGUAUCUGAGGUUAGACAAAGAGGGAUAUUAGAGAGAAAAUUUGUUAGGUCUCCUAGUAAGCACUUGAUUCGGCAGUCUGUUCCCUCUCCUCCUGCUUUAGAGGAUAAAGGAAAAGUUUUGACAGCGCCCGCCAGACCUCCCGGACCAUAUGCCCACAAAGUCACUUCUCUAGGCACUAAGGAACCCAAAAAAGCCUGGACGGAAGACUCACACAUAUCAGAUGAUGAUGGCGGUUUUCUGGAAAAGACCCUAGAAGGUCCGUUCUCACCUGGUAUCGCAGGCAGGGUCAUAAGUUAUGCCGACGAGGAGCCCCCUUCGCCCACAUCGAACGGUCUGUACGACACCCCUCCUUACAGCAUCAGCCAUUCCCCCACCUCGCAGAUAAUAGAAGAUGGCCUUGUAACAAUUGUCCUCUACCCCGACGAAGAUGGAAAAUACGGCUUUAACGUCAAAGGUAGUGGAACGGACACCGCCGUACCUAUAUUGGUGUCCCGAGUGGCCCCGAACACCCCCGCGGACAAGGGAACGCCGAGACUUACCGAGGGCGACCAGUUGAUCCAGAUCAACGGCCACGAUGUUUCUCACGCGCUCCACCAAGAUGUCGUUAAGCUUAUUCAAGAUGCAAGGGCAACAGACUCAGGGAAACUUGUGCUAACCGUGAAACCUAACGCUCACUACCAAGGCCUUGAAGAAUUCGAAGAACCUCCAUAUCAAUACGUUCCCGUGGGAGAACUGAGACCGCCAUCUCCGGGAAAUGCCUUACAGCAGAGCAUGCUCCUACUGGCAGACGGCUUAGCCAGUGGCGCUCUAGUGGCUAGAUACGAAAUGUUGUACAGGAAACACCCUGACAUGACCUGUGAUGAGGCGGCCAAACCCCAAAACGUCAAUAAGAAUAGAUACAGAGAUAUAUCGCCUUACGACACAACGAGAGUGAUUUUGAAAAAUGCCCCGAAUGGUGACUACAUCAACGCUAACUACGUCAACAUGGCAAUAUCCAACGCCGAGAUAGAGAAUCGCUACAUCGCCACUCAGGGCCCCUUGCCGUCCACCACCGAGGAUUUCUGGCAGAUGAUUCUGGAAGAGGGGUGCAAUUUGAUCGUGAUGCUGACGACGUUGGUGGAGAGAGGCAGGGCGAAAUGCCAUAAGUACUGGCCGAACGUGGGGGAGGUGCUCACGAUGCAGAACGCGAUUGUCAAGUGCGUCAGCGAGGAAACGGAUCCGUCUGAGAGUUUCGUCUUCAGAGAUUUCGUUCUUGUUGAUGUUAAGAAUGAUGAGUCGAGAGAAAUCAAGCACAUGCAGUAUAUCGCCUGGCCGGACCACGGGGUACCCGAGUCCCCGCAACAGUUCCUAAGUUUCACCGACAAGGUGCGUCAGUCGAGGAAAAGCGACGCGCCCGUCGUGGUGCAUUGUAGUGCUGGUAUAGGAAGGACGGGCGUCUUGGUUCUUAUGGAAACUGCUCUCUGUUUAAUAGAGACAGGGGAGCCCGUGUAUCCGUUAGAAAUAGUGAAGACCAUGAGGGAACAACGUGCUAUGAUGAUACAGAAUGCUAGUCAGUACCGUUUUGUCUGUGAAAGCGUCCACGCUGCGUACAGCGAAAAAACCGCCAGCCAACAGGAUACUUGAUAAUUUUAAAAGAGAAUCGGUCAAACGAACGUCAGAUAUCCUCAAAAAUGCCUAAUCGUUUUUGUUUAUGUUUCCAGAAUUUUAUUUUCAUUUACGUGCUUUCGAGCAUUUUUGAGAAUGUAGCUAGGAUUGUCAGGGUUUUGGGAAAAGUUUGCAUCCGUCGUUACAACUUGGAAUCAUGUGACAUGUGAUUUAUAAGCCUUACAAACGUAAGAUUACACCAAGAUAGCCUUAUUUCAACCCAAAACGUUUAAUUUUUCAAUUAAAACAUUUUGCUUUGUAAUGAUUUCGUUUGAAAUUCUGUUAAUAAUAAUUUUUAACAUAAUAAGAAGAUCCUCUUUUCGUUGAUUUGUAAAUAACAGGUUUCAAAUUAUGAAAACAAUAUUAAUAAUUCGAACUUAAGUAUUAAAUUGGUAAAUACUCAUUUUCAGUAAUUUAUUUAAUAUCAAUAUUAUUCACACUUUUAUCGUGACGAAAGUAAUUUUAUAAAAAUAUAAAAGUAGUUUAAAGGAGUUAAAACUGUGCAAUAAGAUUUUUGGUAAAAAAAAUAUUACAAUAAACAUUGGUCAGGUCUUUGGGCCCAUUUACACAAAAAAAUAUUCUUGUAAAAAUAUUUUUUCCAGAAUACCAGUUACUUUAACAGUUAACGUGAUAGUAUAAAAAAAUAUGGAUUCAUUUUAAGUUGUAAUUUUUCCUUGAUUAAAAAAGUUCGUCUCAGUUAUUUUUCUGUGUAAAUGUUAACAUGUAAAUUGUGUCAUGGAGUGUUAAAGUUUUUGAGUAGAUUUCGUCCAUUGUCGUUUCGGUCCUAAAAAAAUUAAUCGAUCCAGUUUAAUGUUUAAGAUGAUGUAAAGGCUGAUUUUUUUUACAGUCACUUUGAAAAAUAUUUUUGACUGCCCCGUUAUACACAGAAUGUAUUUUAAAAUAUUUUAGAAAUAUGCAUGUAAAAUUCUAUGUUUGUGUCUUAACUUUUUACUAUUGUAUAAUUUUUUAAUUUUAUUUUUUUAGUGAACUAACUUGUAAUUAGUAAUUCUUUACUUUGUAUAAAGUACAAAAAAUUGCGUAUCGCUUACUUUCAUUUUAAUUGCUAGUUGUACCUUUGAGGAUUUUA